AUGGCUACAGCAGAAUAUGUGUCUCGAUUAUUUAGUGGGUGGCAGACAUAUCCUUACAACAUCUCCACAUCUCCCUUUGAUGCCGAUGCAAAUAGAUACAACGAAAGGCUUAGCAAGGAUGGAGAAAGACUUUUCUUACCCCAAGAGGCCAAAAGUGAAUUAGGAAUGUUGACUUUGAUUUCUUACAAAGUGGUGCCUUCCCCGGAAGAGAAUAAUGCGCUGAAGCGGGUAAAAGUUUCUUCUCCUUAUCAACUGGCGCUGUGUCUCAAGCAGCAAUCUUCAACUCGGGUUUUUGCUAUAUCACAAGCAUAUUCUUGGGGCCAGCUUCUGAUCACGGAAGAAUUCUUUAGGAAGCUUCUCACUGCUUUAGAGGUACAUCCCUGUUUUUUGGAUGUGGUGCACAUAUUUGGCGAGAGGAUCACAGCAGUGGAGGAGAGCUUUGCCGCCUGUUUUACCAGGCUGUACCCUUCAUUAUCGAGCUCACAAAACUCCUCCUAUGAGAUUUCUUACAAUUUUAAAUACGUGGUCCGACAUGGGCGAUCCUUACCGCAAGACCCCUUCUCAGUUCGACAAACGGGGGUCUACCACAAAUAUUGUGCCAACUCGACUACAUGCACUUGGAUCCUUCUCCAACCCCCAGAGAUACUUAGCGAGCGCAUAGCGAAGGCUCUCGGGUGUGUUGAGGAGUCCCGUCCAACCUCGCAAUUCCGUUACCAUGCACUCAUUUUUCUUUGUCUCACAGAGAACUUGCGAGACUAUUUAAACUACUUGGAAGACCAAUUCUCAACCUUGAUGGACCGAGGAUUCUUCUCAAAUGUUAAACGGGCUACACGAGAGGGAGUGAUUGAUACCAACUUCGAUGAUAUACGAAGUUUACAGAUAAUGACAGAUAAGUUGAAGCGACUGGUCCACCUUCUUGAGCUUAACAAAACUGUGUGUCAACGCCUGCAGACAUUCUUCGACCGCAUGAAACCAACAUCACUUGAAGAAACAGCUAGCUUCUUGUGUCAGUACGAGAUGAUGAUGGGGAACUGCAUGUUCCAGAUCGAAACGCAUGCUUUGCAGCUGACGACAAUGGUGAGCAGAGCGGAAGGCGUCGGUUCGAUGAUAGAGCACAUAUUAGACGUUCGCUCAGCCGAGACAACCUACGAAAUGAAUUCCGCCAUGCAUGAGAUCUCCAAACAAAGCGCACAGGAGAAUAAACUUGUCAGACUCUUGACUUCGCAGUCAACCCAGGACACCAGGUCAAUGAAAGUGAUUGCCCUCAUCACUUCAGUAUUUUUACCAGCGACCUUCGUUGCAACGCUCUUCGGUUCGAACUUUUUCGGAUUUGAAGACACCAAAGACGGACAUAGUCUAGCUAUUGCGUCAAAUGUCUGGAUCUACGUAAUAGUAGCCUUCGCAGUCUCCGCCAUCACUAUGGCAAUGUGGUAUUGGUGGUACUCUCGGAGGCCCACUACAUUGGACCAAGAUGACGAGACCAAGAGCAACACCAGGAACGUUCUAGCAUAG